CGCUUGGAUCGUCAAAAUGAAUUGGCUAGAUUGAGACGAGAGAGAUCUAGAGCAGCUCGAAAUCUGAGCAACAUCGAACAACAACAACAACCAAUGCAAACAGAUGAUAAUGGACCGUCUAUUGUAGCUGAAAACGUCCAAUCAAGUACCAUUAAUCAAGAUGAACCAGUUCCCAUAAGAACUAACAACAUAAUUGAAAAUAUUGUUAGUCGACAUGCCAUGAUAGAUAGACAACAAAGAUCUGCAUGGAAAUUUGAUAAUUCGGUAUUGGAAUCUAAUUGGCAAACCUAUCUUCACAAUCUUGGACCUAUGGAUCAAACGUGCCAGUAUUGCUCCGCAAAUUAUUUCCUUCAUGAAAAUCAAAGCAGUUGUUGUAGAGGAGGAAAAAUUCGUCCACCACAUGAUUAUCGAAAUUAUCCUGAAUUUUUAAAAAAAUUAUUGAGUGACCCGAGUGCUGUUGAUUAUAAACAUUUUCAAGAUAAAAUCCGAUCGUAUAAUGCAGCUAUCGCAAUGGCCUCAUUAGGCGCUAACCAUUGUGGUCCGAUUCAGGGCCGAGGUCCAUUUUGCUUUAAAAUUAUGGGUCAGAUUUAUCAUUCAACAAGCAAUCUUUAUCCAACUAACAGCCAAGAUCAACGAUCAUUCGGUCAGCUUUAUAUAUUCGAUGGUCAUGAAGCUGUUGAACACAGAUUACGAUUGGCGCCGAAUCGUCAAUGUAAAGAAUAUAUUUUGAGCAAGUUAGUCGAUAUGAUGGUGAAUAUCAAUCCAUAUGCCCAAUCAUUUAGGCUAUUGCAUUCUUUGGUUCAAGGCCAAACAAAUUUGCCGGAGAUUCACUUGGAAUUUAUCAAUAACCGGACAACAGAUAUAAGAAGAUACAAUGAACCAAGAUGCACUGAGGUUGCUAUUAUAUUCGAAACCAGAGACGGUUUACCUCAAGCAGAACGUAAUCUGCAAAUCUAUCCGAAAUCCGGACACAAUUGCGUAAAUCUAUGCAGUCGAAGCCCUCAUUGCGAUCCAAUGACGUAUCCCAUUUUUUUCCCUAAUGGACAACAAGGAUGGCAUCAAAACAUGCCGUAUGAUCCAUUCCCAAAUGUCAAUUUGCCACAAACAAGAGGAUCAAUCACAUUACUUCAAUAUUAUUCGGCACAAAUGGCUAUCAGAGCAGAAAUAUUCAGUCCAAUUCUUCAUGGAGGUAGGCUGUUCCAGCAAUGGUGCUGCGACUGCUACAUGCGCAUCGAAGAGAAUAAUCUUAAUUAUCUUCGUCUAAAUCAAAAUCAAUUGCGCACCGAAUUGUACUCCGGUUUAGGUGAUUAUGUGAGAAGAAUGGCUGAUAAUCAGGAAGAAUUGCCACCACCCGGUAAAAUUUGCAUAUUGCCUUCAUCAUUUGUAGGAUCACCGAGAUACAUGCAUCAAGCGUAUCAAGAUUCGAUGGCAAUUGUGACUGCAUUUGGGAAGCCAGAUUUGUUCAUAACUUUCACAUGCAAUUCCAAUUGGCCCGAAAUCAAGAACAAUCUGCUUCCAGGUCAAGAACCCAGUGAUCGCCCAGACCUUAUAAGUCGGGUUUUUUCUUUAAAAACAAAACAGCUUAUCGAGGACAUUGUGGCUAAACAACUUUUUGGGCCCGUAAGUGGCUAUUGCUACACAAUAGAAUUUCAAAAACGUGGAUUGCCGCACAUGCAUCUACUCAUCAUUCUUCACAAUUCUUAUAAAAUUCAUGAAGUAGAUCAUAUCGACAAAUUCAUAAAAGCCGAAUUACCGAAUCCAAAUAUUCAUCCACAACUAUAUGAACGAGUCAAGUCGUUCAUGAUACACAACCCAUGCGGGCUAUUGAAUCCGGCUUCCCCAUGCAUGGUUGAUGGGAAAUGCUCAAAACAAUAUCCAAAAGAUUAUCAACAAGCCACCGAAUUCAACAGAAGUGGGUGGCCUUUAUAUCAAAGGUCUGAAAAUGGCUCAUCUUUUAUUCAAAAUCAAAUCGAAAUCGACAACAGAUGGGUGGUUCCAUAUAACCCAUUUUUAUUGAUGAAGUUCAAUGCUCACAUCAAUGUGGAAGCAUGUUGUUCAAUUCAUGCCAUCAAAUACCUUUAUAAAUACAUCCACAAAGGGCAUGAUUCAGCACUGAUCAGAUUACAACAAAAUGGAACGACUAUGUAUGACGAGAUACAAAAUUAUGUGGAUACAAGAUAUGUGAGUUCGUGCGAAGCAACGUAUCGAAUCCAGAGUCAAAAAUUACUCGAUCGCUCACAUGUGAUUCAACGGUUACCUGUUCAUUUACCGGAUGAACAAUCAGUCGUCUUCGCUGCUGGCCAAGAAGAAAUGGCAUUAGCCAGAGCCGCUAUACGAAAAACAAAGCUUAUCGGGUGGUUCGAAUUGAACCAAAUAAAUUCAACUGCUCGAUCACUGAAAUACGCAGAAGUACCCCAUUUCUUUACGUGGUCGCAAUCGAAUCAUUGUUGGAAUAGCCGGCAAAAUCACCAUUCUUCGUUGACACGUCUUUAUGUUGUAAGUCCUCGGCACGCAGAAAGAUUCGCGUUGAGGUUGUUGUUGUUAAAUGUUAAGGGAGCAACAUCGUUUGAGUUUUUACGGACUUUCAACGGGAUAUUAUACCCAAGUUUCCAGGAAGCGGCAAGAAAAAGAGGAUUGUUAUCUUCUGAUGAAGAAAUAGAAGAAUGCUUGCAAGAAGCUGUGGCUAUCGAAACACCAAAAAAUCUGCGAUCCAUUUUUGCAUAUCUGCUUAUUUUUAAUGGAGCAGAAGUUUUGCAGAAUGCAAACGACAUUUGGAUAAAAUUUAAAGAAUCGUUCAGCGAAGAUUUUGUUCGUCAAUAUCAAACAAUUAUUGAAGAUGAAAACUUGGCAAAAGAAAGAGCCGAACAACGAGCAUUGCUGGAAAUCAAAACAAUAUUGCAACAACAUAGCUAUAAUUUGCAUACUUUUUCGCUACCUGAAAUUAGUAUUUCACCGGAAUUACGUCUUGACGAUAAUUCCAUUAGAAUUGAAGAAUAUCGAUUAGAAGCAGAAAUAUUGUGCCAAAAACUUAAUGCGGCGCAACGGGCCGCAUUUGAUGAAAUAAUGAGCACCACAGGUUCGAAAUGUUUUUUCUUAGAUGGCCCAGGUGGCUCAGGAAAAACAUUCCUCUAUAAUGCAAUUAUCAAGACAAUUAAAGGCUCAGGAAAAGAUGUACUGGCAUUCGCCACAACAGGAAUAGCUUCCCUGUUGUUGGAAGGCGGAAGAACGGUCCAUAGUGGAUUAAAACUUCCACUAGAUGUCAAUGAAUCAAGCGUUGCCGGAAUAAAGCCUUCAUCAAGACAAGCGGAAGAAAUAAGAAAAUGUGAGAUCAUCAUAAUCGACGAAGUUACGAUGAUGACUGUUCACAUUUUGAAUUGCAUUGACCGUCUCCUUAAAGACGUUAUUCAAGAUAUUAAUCAGCCGUUUGGAGGUAAAAAGAUUCUUAUUGGUGGGGACUUUCGGCAAACUUUGCCCAUAGUCCCACAUGCGACAAAUCCGGCUGAAAUUAUUGAAAUAUGUAUCAAUCGGAGUUCAAUUUGGAAUCACUUCAAAAAAUUGACACUUAUCGAUAACAUGAGAUUGCAGACAAACAGCGAAUUCAAUGAAUGGCUGCUUAAAAUUGGAGCCGGAACAACACCUGCUAUCGCCGGUCUUCAUUCAAAUAUGGUGGAAAUUCCAAGCAGUAUGAUUUGUGUUGGGGAUUUAAUCAGUCAAAUUUUUGGAAAUUUUACCGAUACAGAUGAUUUGGCCAAUCGGAUUAUUUUGACAGCAACUAAUGAAAUGGCGGAUAAAAUCAAUAUGAGGAUAUUGGGUUAUUUACCUGGAGAAGAAAGAACGUACAGAUCAAUUGAUACACAUAUCUUCGAGGAUGAGGAUGAAAACGAACAGGCCGGAAUUCAGGUCGAAUUCCUGAAUUCAUUGUCGACGGGUGGAAUGCCUCCACACGAGCUCAAAUUAAAAUUGGGUUCGGUGGUUAUUUUAUUGCGCAAUUUGGAUCAUCGAAAGGGCCUUUGCAACGGUACAAGAUUACAGAUCGUGAGGAUGCAGCAAAAAUCAAUUACUGCGAAGAUUUUAUCGGGAGUUAAUCACGGGGAAUUAGUUUGUUUACCCAGAAUAAACCUUACAACAAAAAAGGGUUUAUAUCCUUUCAUAUUAAAACGAAAACAAUUUCCUAUUAGACUUGCCUAUGCUAUGACGAUCAAUAAAUCGCAAGGGCAAACCUUCAACGCAGUUGGGAUUCACCUCAACAAACGAUUGUUCGGCCACGGACAACUUUAUGUUGCUUUGUCCAGGUGUAGAAAUCCAAACAACAUCAAGAUUUUUAUAGAAGAAACUGAUAUCACUCAAGGUGAUGUAUUAAAAAACGGACGUCAAUACAUCACAAACAUCGUCUAUCCGGGUAUUGUGUAAUAAGAAGACUUAAUUUUUUAUUUUAG